GGAAGUGUGUGCCACAUUGUAAACAAUUCCAUGGACAGUUGAGACUCGUUCACUGGCUGUGGACGGUGUAACAGCUUCUUAAUUAGGUGACAAUUUUGUGGUAAUGCGCUUGAACAUAUUUUAUAAUGUUUUACAUGUUUCCUAGACAAACGCAAAACAUUAAUGUUCUUUGCUCUUUUCGAGCUUGUGGAGGCGUUAGCAUCAGCUAGCUUAGUAGAAGUUAGUGUUUAUUGGCAAAUUGUAGUCUGUUGUCAGCAUCUUUGACUGAUUAAACAAUUUUCAAACGUAUGCAAUAACUAGGAGGUAGGCAGUUUCUCAUAAUUAUCCAGUACGGUCUUAUCCAAAGAUACACUGUCUCGUCGCAGAGUUAUGUGUACUACUGCAAAGAGGAAUACCCCAGGAAUUUCUUAAUCCAGUUUCCUUACAUGUAUAGACAUGGGUGUGAAAGGCUUACAGUACUUUAUGGAAACCUGCUCUCCAGAGAUAUGCUUGCCUGUGGACCUGCGUCAAAUGGCUGUAGCUUAUACCAGAGGCCACCAUGACAUCAUUCCUACAGUGGUAGUGGACGGAAUGGCUUGUUUGAGGUACUGGUAUCAGUGUCAAGCUUGGGUUCAUGGUGGACAGUGGCGAGAGUACAUGCAUCUACUGGAGAAGUUUGUGGGUGCAUUCACAGCUGCAGGCUUGCGGUUAGUUUUCUUUUUUGAUGGGACUGUGGAGGAGCAGAAACGGGCAGAAUGGGUAAAGCGACGACUGAGAGUUAACAAGGACAUAGUAAGAAUAUUUCACUACAUUAAAGAUCAUUGUCAGCAACCAGAUGGAGAAAUGCUGUGUCUCCCCUCAGGACUUGCCACCUUCACCAGAUUUGCCCUCAAGUCUCUUGGUCAAGAAACCUGGUGCUCUAUUCGCGAAGGUGACUUUGAGAUAGCUGAGUAUGCUCUCUGUAACAAAUGUAUGGGUAUUCUUGGCCAGGAUACAGACUUUGUUAUCUAUGACACAGUUCCUUACCUUUCUAUCAGUAAACUCAGACUGGAAAAUAUGACCACAGUGCAGUUCUCUAGGGAAAAGCUGUGUGACAUCCUAAAGCUUCAAAAGUCUGAUCUUCCUCUCCUGGCAUGCAUUCUGGGUAACGAUAUUGUGCCAGAGCACCGGCUGCAUUUCCUUCGUAAAAAUGCCUUGACCUCAUAUGGGAAGAAGAACAAGGGUGACAAGAUCCUCUCUGUAGCAGAUUUCAUUUCCAGUGUUCGCCCAAAUAAUGAUGGAAUGCAUGGCAUCUCUUUGAUGCCUUUAUCUAAAGUAGACAAGGAACUGGUAGAGAAAGGAAUUCUGUCAUAUUUACUCCCAGGACAAACAUCACCUUGGUUAGAAUCAAUCCUGCCUUCCCAGGAACGGAUGUGUGUGAUGGAAAAAUACAUAAACAAAGACAUAUUACAGGCAGCCAAGGAGAAGCAUGUGCGAGCCGAGUGUUUUAUGAUCUAUAACGUGCUACAUGAUGGAGUGGUGGAGUGCAGUAAUACGCUGGAAGAUGAGGAGGAGCCAGAGUUGCUGCCACAGGCCAUUUUAUACCAACUUAUCAGAGAGCAUAUCUACUGUAUUCUCCUACCAGAACUGCCAGCUUCUUGUGGUCACACCUUGUCUGUGAAGGAGUGGUUUGUUUUUCCAGGAAAUCCUCUUAACGAGCCAAAUAAAGUGACUCCAAAAGCCCCAAACCUUCCAGGGGGAACUCCUGACCUGAUGGGUCUGUGGUUUGGGAAUGAAUCUGAGGUGAAAAGUGUGCGCUUGUCCACUUUCCUGGCUGUAUUUGACCUGCAGGACCUUUCUCAGGAUCUUGAUCAUUUCGACAGCUCUUUUGUAGCUGUGAUUUGUCUUACAACAUACAUUGCUAUUCAGGCUAAACACCUUUCCCUAGAAGACAUAGAUGCAUAUCUAAGCCAAGCUGUCUGUAUCAGAUACAAGUCCUAUACAGAGCUGAAACAGACAAGCGUUCCUGAGGUAGACUCAAGGGCUGUGCAGCUUGGAUCACUAUUUGUACGGGGCCUGACAUAUGUUAGUGCAGCCAACAGUGCCUGUGGUUUUCCUUUUCCAAUGCUUGAGUUAAUGCCUUGGAAAACCUUUGAUGGCUUGCUCUUCCAUUCUAAGUACCUGCAAGCUCACUCUGGCUGUCCUAAAGAGGAGCUUCUAGACGGCAAUCCUGCUUGGUUAUCACUCUUCCUUUCGCUUCGAGAGCUAGUCCUGGGAUCCUGCAGGAGGCAUGGCUUCACUGUCCCCAGCCAGCCACGCAGACUUCAGCAUGAGGGGCCCAUUCAUGGUGAGCAUCACAGAGAGAGUGGAUCCCAAAUCUUUAGCACCUCAGAGUUGUACUAUAGUGAUCAACCCAGAGGUACUGCAUAUCACAUACACGGACAAGGUCAAAGACAAAGACCAAGGUCAAGACAUCCCAACAGAAGAAGGUAUCACCUUGCUCCAAGAUGGCCUCCGUUCGAAAACCAAAGACCUGCUUUCCACUGAGCCACCAGCAUUCAGGAAAAGGGACAGUCCUGGAGGGGGUUUGUGCAUCAUCCAAGUAUGAGACGUAAACUGUACUUUUAGCCACUUGCUUUAUCUUCAGGUGAAGAGAAGCACCAGAAUUUGAGUUGUUGGUUUGUUAUCAAUCCUUCACUAUUCAGUGAUGUACCUGUCUGUGUUCACACUCCAUUGUCUAUUGUAGGUUUGGGAAUCUGUUUCACGACUGCUUAAGACUUCCAGUUGCCUUUGGCAGUUUCAGAACAAACUCCUCAUUUACUGAGUAUAUUUGCCCAGACUGUAAUUAUGAAUGCAGGGAUGUCUGCAUGCUGACAACUAGCACAAAUUCACCAAAGAUAUUUGGGAUAAUAAUCAUUAGGACUGAGUAAUAGCAAAACUCAACAGGAAAAGCACCUGUCCUCAUUGCUGGUGUAUAAAAAUCACUGGCUCAUACAGUGAACAUGCGGUUAGUAAAGGGAAAAAAAUCAGUAUGUUAAGAUGAAGAAUGAAAGUGCAUUGAAAGGUCUAAGUGAAGUAGCCUUCCUAAGCAGAGAGGGAUACUCCACCUCCUUCUAGAACCUCCUCCUCUGCGAUAUCCUAAACUGCGCACAGCAGUUUUUGUUGGAGCCUGUUGGCUUUUUUCCCUAUUAUGUGGAUGAUAAGAGUCUGGGCCAAAAAUGGAACCUUUCUACAGUCCCUGCCAAACCCAGCCGUGACGAAUAUUCAUCUUCAGCCAUAAUUAGUCUCAGAUGAUCUCUUAUCUUUCAAGUCUUUUGGUCUGGGGCAAAUCCAAUGUCACAUAAUUCCUACCUUUAUAUGUACGACUUCCUGUAUGGAGAAGAUGACUGAUGAGAGGGGCUGGUUUGCAAUUAGCCAAACUGUGAUUUAGACAAAUGUGAAUGAUAAUGUAUGUGAAGAUUAUUGGAAUUAGCAAACCUUGGAGGGAUGGUUCUCAGUUCAGAGGGUGCAUUUGCAUUUCCAGAUAAAUUGUAUGGUUUUAGACGUGAGAAUUACUUUCAGCUCUCUCCUUGAACAUAUGUAAACUUUGAUUAUAAUUUUAUUUAUUUUUUGUUUGUUUGUUCAUGUCUGUUAUCUCAAACUAUAGUAGCAAUAUAUUCUAAAAAUGAUAGGUAGUAUUUCAGACUCUUAAUUAGCAACUUGUAACAUAUUUACUGAGCCUAUACCUACCGGAUUUCAUUUGGAAAUAUAUAAAACUGUCAAACCAUUGCAAUGAAUAAAAAAAAAAAAAAAAGAUUUAUUAAUAUGUUAUGCUUGUCAUGUGUCUCAUUUUAUUUGUUGAUCUUCCAUCAUGUAUGUAAACUUUGCUUUUCAUUGGAUACUGUGACGUGAGGCUUGUUUGAAUCAGUUCAACACUUGAUAUGGUUGCUUUUUGGGUUAAGGUUCAGUUUAUGAACAAACAAUACUGACAUAAGUAUGACCUUGUCUCAAAAUAUCCACAAAAUGUCAUCUGUGGUUAAAUUACUUGCAAUGACCUGACAUUUCAAACUGAUGUUUGGUACAUUGAAACUAAGGUAUGAUUAA